GGGGGAGGCUAUGAUUAACAGUGAAACACAGCUAUAUAGCCUUGCCCAGUCAGGGCAUGUAAAUUUCAAUCAUGCAAGUGAAAGGGAUCUAAACCUAGUAUUGUCAGUGUGUUCACACUUUGUCCACACAUUUUUUGAAAGCCAGCAGUCGAAGACUGUCCAGUUUCUCUGUCUUUUGUUUCAACUCUUUUCCUUUUUUAUAUGUAUGAAAACUCCCUUCUUUACCAAACCAACAACCUCGCUCGAAACUCCCCCCUCAUGUUCACCUUUCUUCCAUCCUCACUCCGCCAAAUGAAUGAACCCAAUAGCAUGAUCAGCAACUCAAAGAAAAGGCAAAGAAAGGAGGACAGGCAAGGAAAUGAUAGCGAUGGCAACGAUUCUUUUGAGCAAGAUGGCAGAGAGAAGAAGAAGAAAAACUUGAAGGGUAUCAUCACAUCAUUGAUAUUGCUAGAACAACAAGAAAAGAGUGAUCAAGAAGAGCAGAGCAAGGCUUCAAACGAAGAGAAGGUAUUAUUAGAGGCUAACCACAAUAAAAGGAUUAAAACGAUGGUUGAAUACUACGACAAAUUCCAAGAUUACCACGUCGAAGUUCAAGAAACAGAACGAAGAAAGCGCAAGAAUUCAAGGGCAAUAGCUGGUGCUUUGGCUGUUUCAACCGUCUCUAAUGGCGUGGCUGCCAGGGAAGGAAUAUUUAAAGAUACAAAGCACGGUGGCGGUGGUCAACAAAGACGGUUAUGGGUGAAAGAUAGAGAUAAAGAAUGGUGGGAUGAUUGUAAUAGACCAGAUUAUCCAGAGGAAGACUUCAAGAAGGCUUUUCGAAUGAGUAAGUCUACUUUUGAUAUGAUCUGUGAGGAGUUAAAUUCAGUUAUAGCUAAAGAAGAUACUACUUUGCGUAAUGCUAUUCCUGUUAGGCAAAGAGUUGCUGUUUGUAUUUGGAGAUUGGCUACUGGCGAACCACUUAGACUUGUAUCCAAGAGGUUUGGUUUGGGCAUUUCUACUUGCCAUAAAUUAGUUCUUGAAGUAUGUUCAGCUAUAAGGAGUGUUUUAAUGCCCAAGUAUUUGCAGUGGCCCGAUGAGGAUGGUUUGAGGAAGAUAAAAAAUGAAUUUGAAUCCAUUUCUGGGAUACCCAAUGCUGUGGGAUCUAUGUAUACUACUCAUAUACCUAUUAUAGCUCCAAAGAUUAGCGUUGCCGCAUAUUUUAAUAAGAGGCAUACAGAGAGGAAUCAGAAGACAUCCUAUUCGAUUACUGUUCAAGGUGUUGUUGAUCCAAAAGGGAUAUUUACUGAUGUGUGUAUUGGCUGGCCUGGUUCGAUGCCUGAUGAUCAGGUGUUGGAGAAGUCUGCUUUAUUUCAAAGGGCUAACGGAGGCCUCUUGAAGGAUGUUUGGAUUGUUGGGACUUCGGGGUACCCAUUAAUGGAUUGGGUUUUGGUGCCUUAUGCACAGCAGAAUUUGACAUGGACUCAGCAUGCCUUCAAUGAGAAGAUUGGGGAGAUUCAAUUGGUUGCAAAGGAUGCCUUUGCGAGGUUGAAAGGGAGGUGGAGUUGCUUGCAGAAAAGAACAGAGGUGAAACUGCAGGACUUGCCAGUGGUGCUUGGGGCAUGCUGUGUGCUGCAUAAUAUUUGUGAGAUGCAAAAUGAGGAAAUUGAUCCAGAGCUGAGGGUGGAACUUGUUGAUGAUGAGAUGGUUCCUGAGGUUGCUUUGAGAUCGGCAACUUCAAUGAAAGCUAGGGAUGCUAUUGCUCAUAAUCUUCUACAUCAUUGCCAUGCGGGCACCAGAUUUCUAUAGCCAAAGAGGUGCAUUUUGCUCCCGCAUGCUGUAAUUAUUUUAUUUUUUUUGUCUGUGUUAUGUUGUAGUUGUACUGUAGAACAACUACAGCAGCAGCGGCAACAGCAACAGCAACACCAUUGCAGCUUGUUAUCCAUCUCAGGUUGUGGAACUGCCUUGCUUUCUCACAAAUUUAGCCGAUGAUACCCACCUCUUUUGUAGGUUUAAUUUCUACACAGAAAAAAGAUUAGAUCAAAGGGACAUUAUGUAACUUAGUUUCCAUACUUGUAUUGAAAUUAAAAAUAUGAAUGAAAUUUUUUAACAUUUUCGCA